GGACGAAAACCGAAAUACGAGAGUAUCGUCGCCGCUGCUGCUGCCGGCCGCACCGAAGACCGAACCGAAUAAUCAUUUGAAGUUGAACCUUUUCGUAGAUAGGACGUCGCCGUUGAUACACACUAUAGUCGUGCUAUAAUAUUGAUAACCGUGUCAUCUCUGUAUUAUUAACUGUUAUUUAUUGAUAUUUUCUUGUGAUGUUAUGUUACCAUAGACACAGUGCUUUGCUCCUUAAUUAAAUAGAUAUUUGUCUUUCUUAUCGAUGUGCGGCACUAUGGAUUAUAAUGUCUAGAUUUUAACUGUUUAGAAAUUCAAAAAAAAAAAAAAAAUUGUAGACAAGUGUUUUAAAUAAGAGAACUUCAAUUCAAUCUACGCCAAGGAUAACAAUGUCUGAAAAGUCAUCGGAAUACCAUAAGAAGACUUGUAUCAUAUGUGGAUGUCACACUAACCAAACCAUUAACAUCUACGAACCCCGCAGUGGACCAAAUAUUGUCCGGCUAAUCCAAGCUAGAUUUAAAUUCCAGCCUCUUAACGAAGACAAAUAUCUGUGCUAUAGUUGCAAUAACUGGCUUAUCAACUGGCAUUCUCUACAAGCAUUAAACAGUAACGACGCUGAUAAUCCUUCGGGUACCUUUCGAUCUUCACAAAUAAAUAAUAUGGUUGCCGAAAAAGGUUCUCCUUCAGAAGCCAACAACAGCAUGAAAAAUAGCACAAAACCAGUUGCACAAGUGCGACCCCAGCUUAAAAAUCAACCAGAACUAAAUAAUGUUUCCCAUUUAUUGCCAAAGAGACCACCAACAAGCCAAUCAACAACAACAAAAACGUCUAAACGUAGCGAGUAUUAUUAUCUCUCGAAAAGAACUUUUCCAAGUUGCCAUCGUCUCAAAAGAACUCACAAAAGGAAGACCCUUCAUAAUUGCUGCGUUUGUGGACGCACAAUUACAAGAAGGAUUUUGACAAACAGCUCGAAGGCAAAGGUCACUGGAGUAAAAUGCAAAAGGUGUCGCGACACCAUACACUGGCGAAAUAUGUACCUGAAAACUCUGUUGCUGCAAAAGAAACAGGAACUCACAAACAAAACAAAAUCACCAUCAGUGAGGCAAAAUCAUGUCAAUCUAGUCAACAGUCAAACACCAAUGCACAAUACAAAUGUCUCUACGUCCCAAAUGCCAUAUCAACCCCGACAAUACCAAAAACCGUUGGUAGAUGGCAAAGUUGUAUCAAUGCUCCGGCGAUUGGGAACAACGCUAUCCAGGGAUAGCACAACAAGUACUACCUAUCAACCGCCAAUUAUGAGUCCUGCGAAGAAAAAAUCCCAAAAAUGGACACGGAAUAUUGCUGAUAACGAAAUUGUUAUUAACUUCAAUACCGCAAUAACGGAAGUCCUGCCGAUCAGGCACAUCCGAAGAAAGUUGACAUAUCAAAUAUCAGACACAGUCGUUCCCACCUUGGAUUCUAUAGAAAUCGAUAGCAGUGACGAGGAAGAAGAGACAGACAAUGCGAUGGGAGAAGAAGUAAAAAUGAAUGAAAAGAUAAACUGUGACAUUAAUCUUGAACAAGUUUACAACUUGCUGCCGAAAGGACUCACCGUUUCCCUCAUUUCCGAUUCAGAAUCAAUUCUUGUUAACUAGAAACCAUUCAAAAGGAAAGGAAGAAGGAAGUUUCAUUGAAUUUGUUUUGUAUCUAAUGUAAUUUUGUUAUUUUGUUCAUAGUUCAACUUUGUUUUUUUUUAUUAUUUUUCUGUAAUAAUUUAAAUUAUAAUUUUUAUUUUGUGUAUAGUUUAUAAAAUAGUAAAAUGUGAGAUGAUAUAGAAAAAAUAAUUAAUAAUAAUAAUAUAAUUAAUAUACUCUAUGUAUGUGCGCUUAAUUAUAAGGCAGUCAUUAUUUAUUUAAAUUAAGAUUGAAUUAAACAAAAAUACAUAUAUCAUUAUUAUGAUUGAUGACACACAAACCAGCACUAGGUACCUUUUCUUUAGUUUUAACAAAAAAAAAAUAAAAAUCGCUGCAUGCCAUAUCAUCAUGUCCAAGAGAGAAAUGUACUCAAAUAAAAUUUUAUAAUAAUUUAAAUAAACAGU